AUGUCUUCCCUCAAGCCCCUCGUCCUCUACUCGCACGCCACGGGCCCCAACCCGUGGAAGGUCGCCAUCAUCCUCGAGGAGCUCCAGCUCCCCUACGAGACCAAGUUCCUCGAGUUCCCACAGAUGAAGCAGGACCCCUACGAGUCGAUCAACCCGAACGGCCGCGUACCCGCCAUCGAGGACCCCAACACGGGCGUCAAGCUCUUCGAGUCGGGCGCCAUCAUCACCUACCUCAUCGACACGUACGACAAGAACGCAACCCUGCACUACACCACCCUUCCCGAAAAGUACCUCGAGCAAUCCUGGCUGCACUUCCAGAUGUCCGGCCAAGGGCCAUACUACGGCCAGAAGGCCUGGUUCACCUACUUCCACCCGGAGAAGAACCUGACGUCGGCCAUCGACCGCUACGCCAACGAGAUCAAGCGCGUCGUCGGCGUCAUCGACCGCCACCUGCAGAAGAGCGGCAAGCCUUACCUCGUCGGCGACCGCGUCUCCUACGCCGACCUCGCCUUCGUGCCCUGGCACAUGGCCCUCGGCUUCCUCGUCCCCGACUGGGAUUACGCCAAGGAGGCGCCGCACUUCGCCAAGUGGAACCAGAGCCUGCUGGACAGGCCUGCCGUCAAGAAGAUUGCUGAGGAGAAGGCCAAGGCGUCGCAGAAGUAG